CAAUCCAGUCGGUACACUUUUUAUAGCGGUAAAACUCGACCACUGGAGUUCAGAAUUAAGCAAUUGAAACUAUUACUAAAAAUGUUAGAAGAAAAUAAAUUGGAAAUUCAUGCUGCAUUAAAUGCGGAUUUGGGAAGGGGUAAAUUUGAAAACUAUGUUUUUGAAAUUGAUUAUACAAUUAAUGAAAUCAAUCAUAUGCUAAUGAAUAUAAAAAAUUGGGCUGCUUCGGAAAUGCCACCUAAAGCAAUGAUUAAUCUCUUGGAUGAUGUUGUUAUUCAUAAGGAACCAUAUGGUGUUGUUUUAGUCAUAGGUGCCUGGAAUUAUCCUAUACAAUUAUCACUAGUACCAUUCAUGGGUGCAAUUGCAGCUGGAAAUUCAGUUAUUCUUAAGCCAUCGGAGGUGGCUGUAAAUUGUUCGAAUAUUUUAGGUGAACUAAUUCCAAAAUAUUUAAACAACGAGUGCUAUAAAGUUAUUUUAGGUGGUAUUAAUGAAACUACAGAACUUUUAAAACAAAAAUUUGACUAUAUUUUUUAUACUGGAUCAACCGCAGUAGGACGUAUUGUACGGGAAGCAUCUAAUAAGUAUCUUACACCAGUCACCUUAGAACUCGGAGGUAAAAGCCCUGUUUACAUCGACAGUACAGCAGAUAUAAAUGUCACAGCUAAAAGAGUAUUAUGGGGCAAAUUUAUAAACAUGGGUCAAACGUGCAUAGCUCCCGAUUAUAUUAUCUGUUCGAAAGAAGUACAAGAUGCAUUUAUAAAAGAAGCAAAGUUAAUUAUAAAGGAGUGGUUUGGUGAAAAUCCACAAAAUAGUCCAGAUCUUUCGCGUAUUAUUAAUGAAAAGCAUUACCAACGGUUAAUCAAUUUCUUGAGUGACGGUGAAGUGGCUAUCGGUGGACAUACUGAUCCAAGUGAAAAAUUUAUCGCACCAACAAUUCUUAUUAAUGUAAAAUUUACAGAUGCAGUGAUGAGCGAAGAAAUUUUUGGACCAAUAUUACCUAUUGUAAAUAUUAGUAAUGCCUAUGAAGCAAUUAAUUUUAUCAAUUCACGCGAUAAGCCUUUAGCACUUUAUAUCUUUGGUACUAAUAAGGAAGAAAUUAACUUAAUAAUAAAUAAUACAUCAAGUGGAAAUACUAUAGUUAAUGAUACAAUCUUGCAUGUUUCAGUUGAUACGUUACCCUUUGGUGGCAUUGGACCAUCAGGAAUGGGAUCUUACCAUGGAAAAUUGACAUUUGACACGUUUGUUCAUCCUAAAGGUUGUUUGAUAAAAAACUUUAAUAUUAUUGGUGAAACUAUAGCAGCUGUACGGUAUCCUCCCUAUUCAGACAAGAAAUUGAAAUUCUUAAAUUUUCUUAUGGCAAAAAGGCCAGAUAUUCCUGGAGUAAAAUUUUUACCAUAUUUGGUAAUGUUUGGCUUGGGCAUCGCUGUAACUUUCGGCUUCAAAGCUAUAAUGAAGGAGCACCUUUAUGCCGCUGAGCCGUGACACCUAAUUUGUUGGACACCUUUUUUAUGAUUGCCACAAUAAUACGUAAACCUUAUGUUUUUCCUAUGAGUAUAUUUUUUAAGCCCAGUUAUAAAACUCGAAGCUAAUAUUUAUCACAAUCGAAUAAUUAUAAACGUAUGACGAAAUAAGUACUUUGCACACAUUUUCCACUCUGUACUUUAUUCAUUAUAUACAAUGAAUACAUCACACAGUACCAUUAAUUUUU